UUGCAACUCAGUUUAUCUUUUUUUCUGUGGACACCGCACGUUUCUUGUUCAUCACGUAAAACACGUAAAGCACUCUUCUUGCAAGGAAAUUCGGUCUCUUGAAAUAGUUGAAUAAACCUUUAAGCGAUAUUUAUUCAUUUUUAUCAUAAGGAAACGUUUUAUCCUAAUAAAACUCUAUUUAUGAAACGAAAAACUCUUUGUUGUUUUCUCAAUCAAAUAACAUUAAAUAUUUUUCCGUUUAAUACCAUUUUAAUGUUGAAUUAUUCAGGUAUGUUGGCCCGCCAAUUGAUGCUACCAAGAAUGGCUGUUCGUGCUUUGCACACAACCACCCGUGCCACCGGUGGACAUCACGUUGAAUACUGGUGGGGACCAGAAAAAGGAGCUGGUCGUGAAUUGGUUGGAUACGGAUCUUGCGGAGAUAACGUGAGUUAGAAAAUUUCAUAAAAUGAAAGUGAUGUUCUGAUAAAGAAUAAUUUCAGAUUUACCAAGAUCGUUUGGAUUAUUGGUACCCAGCUAUCCGAUUCCGCAAGGAAGAUAGCACUAUUGCUCCAAUUCGUGCUAAAGAAUCUGGAGAUUGGAAGAAUCUCUCAGCUGAAGAGAAAAAGGCACUUUACCGCUACAGUUUCCGUCAAACUCUUUCAGAGUUCGAAGCACCAACCGGAUACUGGAAGGUGAGUUUUUUGAAAUCGAAAAAACGUAUCCAGUCGAUAAUGUCAUUGGGAAAGUUAUAUUACUUUAGAAUUAUUAGUCACCUGAAAGUUAUUACGAAAAAUGUUGCAAAAUUUUCUGAGAUAUUUCUAUUUAUAAGUUUAAUCAACUUUUAAAUGCAAUUUUUAUGCACAAAUUACGUGUUAGUUUUGUCAAAUUUCCGUAUUUCCACUAUUUUUUAAGACUAAGGUUAACGCCUGAAUUGUCCCCAUGCAAAGAAAAAUUAAAAUGUUUAAAACAAGCAUAAUUUCAACCUCACAAACUUGUAAUAUGAUGUAAAACCUCUCUCCUCUCUCUGAACCUAAUGUUCUAUAGUUAUUGUAAUUCAGGUCAUCUCCGCUGUCGUUCUUUCAAUUCUUGGACUCGCUACCUACUAUGCAGUUCUUUUGAACGUCUAUGUCUACCCAGAAUUGCCACCAACCUUCCAAAACGAAUACAAAGAAGCUCAAGUUGAACGUGCUUUGGUUCUCGAGAAGGUAAACAUUUCAAAGAGAAAUGAAUCAAAGUAAUUUCCUUUUUUUCAGGGUAACUUCCUCGGAGCUCCAACUCACUACGAUUACGAAAACAAAAAAUGGAAGUAA